AUGCGUUUCAGUGCCACCGUUCUUGCCUUGGUCGCCUUCAUUGCACCAUCAGUCCUUGCAAAGUCCUGGGAUGUCAACGUCGUCAAUGGUCUGUUCUCGCCCCAAGAGCUCGACAUUGCUCCCGGUGACACAGUCAACUGGCCCAACAACGACGGUGCCGAUCACGCCAUUGUCGAGACCAUCCCUGGAGCCCGCUCCUGCAACAGCACCGGAGGAUUCAACUCUGGUCGCAAGACCAAGGGUCAGGCCUACACGCGUGUCUUCCCCACCGCCGGCGUCGUCAAUUACAAGGACGGCAUUGGCGCCAACUGUGCCAAGGGUGCAACAGGUACCAUCUACGUCGGACCUCGCCCUACUGGCGCGGAUCCCAACGCUAAUGCCACCACUAGCAGCGGCACCGGCGGAGCCACUUCCUCUGGAGCUACUGGAGCCACUCCCUCUGAAGCAAUUACCACCACUACAUCGACUGCUCAUCCUGCCAUCACCCCUUCGCCCACCACCAAGCCAAACUCUGCCUUUGGUCUCUCUGCGUCAGUAAACGCACUCUUCCUCGGUGUUGUUUGUUUCGUCGGUGCCCUCGUCGGUUUCUAA